UUCGGCACCCAAGGUUCUACUAGUUCAUCAUUGUCGAAAACGGCUGACUUGUUUGGAAUUGGUGAGGGCACCCUAACCGUGUUCACUCAAAGUGUUUGCCCUGCUUUAUCAUUGUUGUACGAAGAUUACGUCAAAUGGCCAAACCCCAACGAGAGGGAGACUAUUACAAAAAGGGUCAAGGAAUCCAGCGCAGCGUUGUUUGAGAAAGUAGUCGGUAUGGUUGAUGGGACCUUGUUUCCCUUCACCUGGAUGCCAAAACUCGACAAACGGCGACCAUUUAACGGCAACGGCUUACUCAUGGUGUUCAGUACGGCCUUCAAGCAACCAUUACAUUUUAAUUGCUCUCUGCCUGGUUCCCAGCAUGAUUCAACUGCCUACAAGGAUUUACCGCUGCACCUAGACCCAGACGCAUACUUCGGUCCCACCCAAUACCUGCUUGCGGAUUCAUCAUACAGCAAUACCAUGUCAGUUGUCACUCCCUUCAAGCAGAAUCAAAGAUACACGGCCCAGAAAGCUGGAUUCAACAGUGAAGUUUCCCAUAUAAGGGUCACGGUCGAGCACACCAUUGGAGUGCUGAAGGCUCGAUUCAGGUCGUUACAGUGCCUUCCCAUGACCGUUUCUGAAGGAACCCAAUGA